GAUUCUCAAAAUGAAGACAAUUGUUCUAUUCGCUCUGGUAGCAGUUGCGGCUGUGAAGGCUGAGACCUAUGUCACAGCUGAUGAUGACCUGGAUAUGAAAGCUGUGGUUGCUGACUUAGACAGAUUAGUCCGUUAUCUGGAUUGCUUUAUGGACAGAGCGCCUUGUUCAGUACGGACCGCAAGUUACAAAAAAAUAAUUGCUGACUCCAUUGCAACCGGUUGCGCGAAGUGCAACAAUGCACAAAAGCGUUUGGCGAAUGACUUCAUUUCGGGAAUCAAAGCAAUCUUACCCUUAGAGUACUUCAACUUCAGACUAAAGUACGAUCCAGAAGGAAAACACUUCGAUGAUUUCGAGAAGAUCGUUCACGGUUAUUAGAUCCACAAACAAAAGACACAAGCAAUUUAUACUACACAAAUUCGAAUUUUGACAAAAUCGUUUUUUUUUUGUGUCAAAUGUCUUAAAAUAAGAUUUUUUAAUAUCGUGAUGAAAUGUGCAAUAAAAAUAUCUUAAAUA